AUGAUUAAAGAAGAGACUACAAGUAUACCAUUAACAGGAGAUUUAGAUGCAAAUCAGCCUUCUUUAGAUAUUAAUGAUAAUCUCAAUCAGAUGCUGCAGGAUUUGAUGAAUCUGCCAUCUACACAAAAUGAAAUAAGUCAUGAUAGUGCUGCUAAUAUUACAACCACUAAUAAUCCCAAUCAAAACUAUAAUGGUGUUCCCAAGAAUAUAGAUUAUGAACCUAUAGGAAGCAAUAUUAAUACUAAUGACAAUAUACCCGCUCCUAAGGAUUUAACUGACAACUAUUUAAAAAUUAAAAAUAUCUUUUCUAAUAUUCUAUUUGGUAGAAAUAAAGAUAUUCUCCAAUCAAAUAUUCCUGAUCCAUCUGUCUAUCUAAAUAUUAAUUCAAACAAAUUACCUUUCAUCCUAAAUAUUUUUGGGUUACCUCACAUAUCCAGAGCAGAGAACCAAAUGUACUUAACUCUAUCACUGUCACAAAAUCCUUCCAUAGAAAAUAGAAACAAUAUUACCCAUAAUUGCAAUUAUCCAAUUUAUAUCCACUUACCAACAAAUUCGAUAGCAAAAGAAAAAUUCUAUUUAAACGAAAAUUAUGAAACGUUACAAAACUUACCUCAAGUUUUCACAGAUCGUGUACUAUUCAUCGAGGCUUUCUUAUUUUCAACUACAAAUCACGAUUUGAUCAACGUUUGUUCUAAAUGUGUUCUUAGGGAAAAGAAGAGGUAUUCAAGAAGAAAAUCAGGUCUCUGCGAUAAUAUCCUAUGGUGUAACAAUCCAAAUAGAAAUGCUAUCUUGUUCUCCAGUAGACAAUUAUUCCCUCUUCAACGGCACAAUGUUAGAUAUCAUCACACCAAUGGUCAUAUAAAAGAGAUCACCAUCGAAUUAAAGACAAGAAUUACUUGUUAUUGUAAGCAUCACACGAAUACAGACAGCUUCCAGAUUCUUUUUGUUAUCAGAGAUUCUAAGAAUAAUAUUUUGGCUAAAGAGUUAUCCGAUUCAAUUGUUAUCAUGGGUAAAAAAACAGAAAACCCUAAUAAUAAAGUAGUUAUUACAAAUAGCACUCGAGACUUUGCUCUUAAUGUCACCACUCCAGAUAGUUCAAUAUCUAAUACAGAUUCUCCUAUGACAAAAUCGGCGGUUAAAAUAAAUAUCAAAAAUUAUCCUCUUCCAUCGCCAGUAUCAUCUUUAUCCUCUGUAUCUUCGAGUUCUUCUACUAAUGGUGAAGAUUCUAAUUAUGAUAAUUUAUCAAAUAAUUGCGGCAAUAUACAAACCGAACGUAUUUAUAAUAGUAACAUUUUUUAUAAACAAGAAGAAUUAAUAAGUAACAUGAAUUUUAUCACAGGAAACAUAAGGUCAAUGAACCAAACAGGUAACUUUAAUCAACAGAAUGGUGUUUCUAUACCCAUCACAAAUCAUCCCAGUGUUAACUCUAGUACGCCUCCAAAUCAUAUUAGCAAUUUUAACCGUAGUCAAAUGAAUAACAAUAAUAAUAACAGUGAUAUAAGGAAAAGAGUAAAACAUAGUCGUGAAUAUAACCCUUCUUUGUCCUCUUCAAUAAUACCAUUGAAUAAUGACUUACCUUCUAAUUCUCUUUUAAGUUUACAACAAUUACCCAAGUCUAUACAGGAUAAUGUUUAUAAUAAAAGGAAAGCUGAUACUUUUGCAUCUUCUUUCUCAUCUUUGCCAACUUUAAUUCCUUCCAUCCAUAAAAUUAUUCCAUCACAAGGCCCGACAUCUGGUGGUAUUGAAAUAACUUUAUUGGGCUCAAACUUUAAACCAGGUCAAAUUGUGGAAUUUGGUAAUAAUCGAGCAUUAUCAUCAGAAGUUUGGAAUUCUACUACUAUGAUAACGUAUUUACCACCAUCACCAAAGGCAGGACAAGUGAUUGUUACUAUAAGAGAUUCCGAUUCUAGAGAUACAAAUAAAAAUAGUGUCGAUAAUAAUAGUAACCUUGGAACACACAUUACUGGAAACGGUGUUAAUAGUCAUAAUAUCAAUAAUGAUAUUAUUAAUCUGAAUAAUGGUCCAAUAUUCACAUAUAUUGAUAAUACUGAUAAACAAAUGAUUGAGUUAGCAUUACAAAUUGUAGGUUUAAGAAUGAAUGGUAAAUUAGAUGAUCCCAGAAACAUUGCCAAACAGAUUAUUGAUAGUACAAAUUAUGGGUGGAAUUUUGAAACAAGUGGUGCUUCAAAUAGUAACAAUAAUACUACCAAUUAUUCUGUAAAUUCUGCUUUUAACAAAUAUUCGGAAAAUACUGAAUUAUUGUUAUUAGAUAUAAUUAAUAAAUCCGAAAAUUUUAAUAUUAUGUUAAGAGAUGAAAUGGGGAGAACAUUAUUACAUUAUUCAUGUCUAAAAUGUUAUGUAUUAUUAUCUGAAACAUUAAUUAAAGUAUCCGAUUCCAAAUUAUGUGAAAUUAGGGAUAAUUUUGAAUAUUUACCCGUGCAUUUUGCUGCUGUUAAUGGGAACCAUGACAUAAUAAAUUUAAUGAAAAAGGCUAAUGUAUAUUCUAAUAAUAGUAACACUAUUCUUAAUGGUUAUACAUGUAGAGAUUUAUAUAUUAUUAACCACGCGCAUAAUGAUGAAAAGUCUUUUUCAGAAUGGUCAGAAUUAGAGAUUGAAAGUAUUUCUGAAAAUAUGGUGGUGGAUCGUGAAGGUGUAUCAUCUAAUGUGAGAAAUGUCCAUGGGGAAACAACAAAUGUAGAACAAGGCGAAUCAUUAUGGAACAAGCUGAUGCAUAAAUUAAAUGAUGACAUUCUACCAAAAUAUGAAGACAUUUUUCCCAAAGAAUAUAUUGAUUAUUCUAUAAAUGGCAAGAUGAAUCAUAUAAUGGCUACUACAGAAAAUGUUAACACAAAAAUUUCGAAUUUAGAAGCGACAAUAGUCGAUGAACAUAGGGAACAAGAUGACUACGAAGAUCCAACUGAGAAUAAUGAGGAUAUAUUUAGAGAAAUAUUGUUCUUUGAGAGAAAUGACAAUUUCAAAAAUGACAGAAUGUUAUUAUACUUUUGGUUGCCACUUUUAGUUUUAUUGUCCUCAUUUAUGUUAUUGUAUAUCAUGGGGAAUAAAGAUGACUGGAUCCAUUAUGUUAAUGACAUAGUUUCCAAUUUUUUCAGAGGUAUGUUAACUAAAUUGUUUGUUGGUAGACAGAGUAUGAGCACUUCAAUAAAAAAUCGUUUGUCUAACUUCCAACCAAGUAAACUUUUGGAAGAUUUUCCAAAAUCCAUUGAUUUUAAACUAGCUGUUUGA